AUGGAGUCAUUUGAAGAUGUUAUAAUUGAAACCCUCACCCAAAUUUUGGAAGGGGAAAAAGAUGUUGACCACGUCGAUAACCUUUUCAAGGAUCUACAAAACGAUCACAUUGAGAAAGCCCAAGAGAACAUACUUGAUACGCUAUGGACUCUUGAUGCUGACGUCUCUGACAACGUUAAGGAAAGGCUAGUGAAGAUAGUAAAGAGACUUCAAACACAAAAAUUGAUUGACACAAGGUUAAUGAAGACGAGGCUUGAAGUGCCUUUAUUAGAGGCUGCCGAGAUAGUCGAGCCACAAGUGUGGGGUCGAAAGUGCAUCCGCAUUAAUACCGCAAUGACUUAUAAACAACAAAAAUACAAUCUUUUGCGUGAAGAGUCGGAAGGUUAUGCAAAACUUAUACAUGAACUCACACUCAGUUGUCAUCCAGAAUACGAAGGCGAAGAUGAAAUUAGUAGGAACCAGAGGGCUGAUACGUUAUUAGAUACAAUGAAGACACUAAUAGGAUACUUUCAUUUGGAUCCUAAUCGUGUUCUAGAUAUCAUACUCGAUGAGUUUAUACUGAAUGUGAAACCUCAUCACGAAUUCUUUUUGAGGCUAUUGGAAAUUUCUCCCUGGAGGCCUCCAGAAUUAAAAAAUGAGAAUGACAUGAGCAAUGUCAUAUCUUGUGAUUGGAGUGCCGACACGGGAAACCUUAAUUGCGCCGAACUUCUCGGAACAAAAUUUGCGCGUUACGACGGAAACGACAUGGGAAGUGAUGUACACAUUUCAUUAUAUAGAGCUUCCGCUCUCUUGAUUCGACGCGGGCUUGUAAAAAUUUCAGAUUUAUAUCCAUACACCCUACUCUCAAAGACAGUCGAGGAUAACGAUCCGCGACAAAGACAUCGACACGAGAAGGGUUUGGCCCAAGCUCUUCUUGAAAUUGGUGAUCUUCAGCAUGCGUGUUACAUACUUCUACAAUUACCCUCCAUUGAUGAACAUCUCGCCAAGUAUCUUUGUAAGAUAUUUGAGAUGGCCAUUUUUGACAUCUACAAUCCUAUUGCACCCAUAAGUUUAAAGAAGCCGCCUCAACCUGAACCUUUUAUUGCUACCUGGUACAAGCGUUGGAUGGAAGGAUUUCCCAUUAUCAAAAGCUUCGACGAGUUGCUGGGAAUCACUGGACGACUGCUUAUUGGUCUAAUAGGGCCGUGGUUUUCAAAACACCUGAUCCUAUUCACUUGGAUGCUGAGAAUCUGUCGACGUCAUAUUUUAAGUUCAAAAAAUUCGAGUAAUGGUGCUUCCAUCAAAGAAGGAUGGUUCGACAUAUUACGAUUGGCGAUAUUACCAGCUGUUUCUAUGCCCGGCAUCACGGUCGGUGUUGUCAAUGACGUAUGGGACAUUUUGAUCCUCUAUCCAUUAGAGAAACGUUUCGGCCUUUAUCACGAGUGGAAGAAAAUUUACGACGAACAUGAGGAAUUAAAACUUCGACGAAGGAAGGCUGUCAAAAAGCUUAUUAAGUUGUCUAAUCAAAUGACAUCUGAGGACUAUAAGCAAAAGGCUCGAGAAAUUGCGAUGGUGGCUCAUUCUAGGCCAACAGUGACUUUUGAUUUCUUGUUGAGAAAGGUUAAAAUGAAUUCAGACUUGAUUGAAGGAAUGGUUGAGGUGUGUAAAUAUCUGGAUCGCUUGGACUUUGACAUUCUGACGUACAUGAUUGUCGAAACUCUGAUUGAGGAGACUAGGCCAAAGCUUAAAGAAGAUGGGGUUAACCCCAGCGAUUGGAUGCAGCGUAUGGCUACUUUUGUUGGUAAAGUUUGCAGUAAAUUCGAAAAAUUUAAUAGCGAGAAUAUCACUGUCUUACUACAAUAUGUAUUGAUCUCAUUAAGAAAACGCAACUUUGAAGAUUUGAUUAUAGUUAGUCAGAUGAUUACGAGGAUGUCAGGGAUUGUAUAUACUGAAAUUCCUUCGGAAACAGAUUUAGUACUUAUGGCCGGCGGUAAACAUCUGCGUGAUACCAAAUUGUUCAAUCGCAGUCUUGUAAAGAAUUACCGCAAAGGAUCCGUAAGAUUGUCCAACGCACUUAUAUCAAAUGGCUUGGCCAUUCAAAUUGCAGUGUUACUCGCACAAAUGGCUCAAAGUAUUCCAUUUGAAGUUGAGGCAUCUUCAACACUUGGACUCAAGUCAACCAUUGGGCAAGCUGAUAUUUGCCGUAGAACUUUCAUACAAUAUGUGGAUUUCCUGGCAAUCUCUGUCGACAUGGACGAAUUUGCAUCGAUUAUUCCAUCUAUAAUUGACUUGUGUAACGAAUAUGCGUUAAAAUCAGAGCAUGCGUUUAUGAUCCUUAGACCAGUUCUCAACAAUAUCUUAAAGAGAUUUCCCGAAAAACCAAAGGAAUCCAUUUCAUCAAGAUCAAUAACAAAGAAUAUAGAGGCAUCCGAAUCGUCUAAGCAAAACGGAGGCCCCUCUUUGCAUAGAGCCGAAAGUAAUGGCACAUCGGCACCGUUCAAUGACGCUCCAUCAGAAUCAUCAAAACAGGUUGCCAACGCGGCCUCAAGAAAAGCAGGCGAGGAAUCUGAGCUGUCGAAUAAGAACGAGAAUAUUCACAAGAAUUCAAACGAUACUUCCAUCACCGAGUCUUCCAAAAAUGGCGAAAUCAAUCUUAACUCCAAGGCAAAUAGCGUUUGGCUACCACCGUUACUCAAACUUUUUGAUCAAGUCACGAAAAUCUUACCAUCGUAUGUCUGGAGCGGAAUUAGUCCAGCUUUCUAUGUAACAUUUUGGCAACUGUCACUGCAUGAUUUGGAAUGUCCGCGAACAGAGUAUCUAAAGGCAAUACAAGAAAUUCAAAAUCAAAUACCGGUGGAUAUCAACGACGAUCCAAACAAGGAUAAAAACAAAUACGUCCGAUCUGCGAAGAAUCUUGAAGAGGAGUACAAUGAACACAGUCAACACGUGAAAAAAAUUGAGGAGCGUUUGAAAAAUGAAAAGGAACAUUGGUUUUCCGGUCAAUUUUCGAACCGCCAAGAUAUAAUCACUCAACUAUGGCAAUAUUGCUUAUUUCCUCGUCUAUUAGUCUCUCCUGAUAACGCCAUUUUCUGUUCAAAAUUCAUUGAGCGCAUGCACAAAAUUGGUACUGCCAAUUUUUCUACACUCACUCUUUAUGAUAGAAUAUUUGCGGAUCAGUUGCAGCUUAUCACAUUCACCUGCUCUGAAGCCGAAGCAAGGAACUAUGGGAUCUUCCUGAGGACUAUUUUGCAGUCCUUGAGCAGCCUCCACAAGGAUGAGAGAACAUACAACAAAAUUGGGAAAGGAAAAGGUAUCCCGGGAUUUCAAAUGAAGUGGAGUUCUCAAAAUCGUCAACCUGCAAGUGUCUCUGAAACCGAUUUAUUGGGGUAUCAGGAUUUUAGAAGAGUAUUUUAUAAAUGGCACUCGAAGCUUUAUAAGGCUUUUGAGCAAGGACUUCAAUCACAAGAAUAUCUUUCAUUGCGAAAUUCAAUUAUCGUCAUCAGCACGAUACACGAAUAUUUUCCAGCCAUUGAUAUCUUUGGCAAGAAGAUUGAAAACCUGAUUAAAACUGUUAUCUCAGAGCAAUGCACCAAGUGGAAGGAUAUUGAGGUCUUGGCCAUAAGCUAUUCCGGAAGGCUUCAACUUGACAAGAAAAAUUGGGUUGCCCUUGAAGAUUUUCGUCAUACAGAGAAUUCGCAAGCGAAUAAUAGGCAGGGUGCCGCCAAUUCUGGUGCGUCACAAGCGAGUCAUUCAUCGUCACCCGCACAAAGGGUAUCUCAAACUCACGGAGCCAAUAGAGCAAGUCCACUUUCUAAUGUUCGAAGUGCACACUCUUCUCCAUCACAUGCGAACACCGCGGUCAGAACUGACAGCCCUAGAAGACAAAUCCAUCCAUUACCCGAUAAACCUCAAGAUCGCAAUCAAAUCCGGGAAAAGGAACGCGACAGGGACAGGGAUGACGAUCACGAAAAGAUUAGAGUAAAAGAAAAAAAAGAGAUCUCGAAUGAUCACGACAAAGAAACAAAGAAGGUCGAAGACCACAAGGAAAUUAAGAAGUCGGACCAUCACGAUCGUGAUAGAGGACGGGAUCGAGAUCGGUCUAAACCAGAGGUUACAAGGGUGGAAAAUGAAAAAAGAAAAUCCAGCAAAGAGAGGCCGCCGUUGGACGACCGCAACAAGAGAACCGAUUAUCAUCCUCGUAUGAGGGACCGUGAUAUUCGCGACCGCGAUGAGAAGAUCAAGGAUCGUGAGAAACGGGAGGAACGUCGUGAGGACCGUCGUGAUGACAAACGCGACAAGGUGAAAGAUAAGGAACGCGAAAGGAGUAGAGACCUUGACCGCGAAAGAGAACGAGAUCACAAUCGAGAUAGGGAGGAUCGUGAUCGCCAUCGAAACGAUAAUGGACGUAGCAGACGUCAUGUUGAAGAUGUGCUUCCCCGUCGACCUCGUAAAAAUGAUCAUGAUUUACUUGAUCGAGCCGUCCGUGAUGAACGAGAUAUGCAAUUUGCUGCUAGAAAUGAUCGCGGGGAUAAAUAUAUGGGUCUCUCAAAAAAGCGAGAUCGCACGGAAAGGGAUCAUGACGAUGAAACUGAAAUAGAUAUUAUCAGCAAGAAACGUAAUAUGAGAAAUGAUGGUAUGGCUCCUAUUUCCUAUCCAAAUCCUAAAAAGAGGGAAAGAACAGAUCGUGAACGCGAUGAUGAACCGGAACCGGGUCCUAUUACCAAGAGGGGAAGUAUUGGAGAGGGAUUAACUGUUCCUCGCACACCAGUUAAGCUUAAUCGUUCGAUGGAGCACAUAAAUGAAUUAAUGGCGCCGAUGCCCGGUAGUGGCUCAUUUGGCGGAAAGAGAGAUGUGGAAAAGCGCGAGCCCAGAAGGCGUUACUAG